AUGCUAGGAACCGGACAUGUUCUGUUAGUAGUCGAACUUGUUCUGCUAGGAGUUGGACUUGUUCUGCUAGGAGUCGGAGUCGGACUUGUUCUGCUAGGAGUCGGACUUGUUCUGCUAGGAGUCGGACUUGUUCUGCUAGGAACCGGACUUGUUCUGCUAGGAGCCGGACUUGUUCUGCUAGGAGUCGGACUUGUUCUGCUAGGAGUCGGACUUGUACUGUUAGGAACCGGACUUGUUUUGCUAGGAGCCGGACUUGUUCUGCUAGGAGUCGGACUUGUUCUGCUAGGAGUCGGACUUGUGCUGUUAGGAACCGGACUUGUUCUGCUAGGAGCCGAAAUUGUAGUGUUAGAAAUCGGACUUGUUCUGUUAGGAGUCGAAUUUGUUUUGGUAGGAGCCGGACUUGUUCAGCUAGGAGCCGGACUUGUUAUGUUUGGAGUCGAACUUGUUCUGCUAGGAGCCGGACUUGUAGUUUUAGAAAUCGGACUUGUUCUGUUAGGAGUCGAGCUUGUUCUGUUAGGAGCCGGACUUGUUCUGCUAGGGACCGGACUUGUACUGUUAGGAACCGGACUUGUUCUGCUAGGAGCCGGACUUGCACCGCUAGGAACCAAUUUUGAUCGACCAUACUAG